AUGAGUGUUUUUACUGUAAAUUCGCUAAAUUUACCAUCCCAAUCGCUGGAUUAUAAAGUUAUGGCGCAAAAUUAUCGCCACUUGCAAAAUCUUCCUGUGAAAAGUUAUAGUAAUGCUGUGCCAAUGUUGUUAAUUGGAUUGAAUCAUUUCGACCUAGGAAUUCAUAAUAAAGUCCGUGAGGGAUCCCCGUAUGAGCCCGUUGCUAUUGGCUACCUAGAUGUCGUUAUACCACCCGAUUUUGUUACAGAAGAUACAUCAUCUGAUGUCAUUGUACCCGAGGGAAGUGCAGUUCGGCUGACAUGUAGAGCUCGUGGUUAUCCCGAACCCAUUGUAACUUGGCGCCGUGAAGAUGGAAAUGAAAUAGUUCUCAAAGACAGUGUGGGCACUAAAACUUUAGUGUCCUCUUAUCGGGGUGAAGUAUUAAAGCUGGCAAAAAUUUCUCGCAAUGAAAUGGGUUCAUAUCUCUGCAUAGCAUCAAAUGGUGUACCACCAUCGGUUUCCAAAAGGAUAUCACUGAGUAUACACU